CAGACAGAGAGAGAGGGGGGAGGCAGAGAUAGGGAAGGGGAGGAGAGGGAGAGAAACAGACAGAGUGGUGGAGAGGAAAGGAUGAAGCAGUUGCAUGUGAAGUGGGUUUAGCAGUGUUCCAGUCAGCGUUCUUACCUCAUUCUCCUGAGGGUUGUUUGUGCACAGCUCUUUCCAGCUGGGACCUAGCUGGCUGCUGUGAUUGACUGGUGACUGAUCCACAUUCAGAUCCCAGGGAGACAGACAGACGACAGGGCAGUGUCAGUGUGUAUGUGCUGGGCCGAGAGUCAGCAUGAUGCAUCAGUGGGGUCUACUCAUCAUCACUGUGUUGUACUGCCAGCUGUACCUGGCUGCUGCUCAACACUGGAGGAAAGCCCUUUACCCAUCAGCUUUUAGAGUGAAGCGUGGCACACACUCAUUGGUCAACCCCACCUUCCAGAACUCUGUGGAAGAUGUUAAUCUGCUUUUUGAGAUCCUGCUGGCAGGCCUGCAGAUCGAGGGUGAGGACAAGCCCUUCGUGAUCCCAGACAAGGAGCUGGCGUCUCUGAGGAGGGUCCAAAAGCUGGAGGUUAUCUGUGAGGACAUCCUGCCCAAGAGACUAUCUGAGAUCAGACGUCUGACCUCCCACCUGUCCCAGCGCAGAGGUGCCCUGAGCAGGGAGGACUUUGAGCGCACAGUGCUCACUAUCGUGUACACUGCCCAGACACUGGCUCAUACCACCUCCCAACACCAGAAGGCGCUGUGGGGAGACGCCCUGCUGCAGCUGUUCAGGGCCAUACAAGAAGAUCUGACGCCCCCACCCAGGACACCUCAGCACUAGUGUUAUGGACAUGUGGACACAUUCUUUCAGAUACUGUAAUAUACUGAUUAUUUUAUACUGUAACACAAGUCACUUUUUGGCAGAGAAUUUGAAGGAUGUUUUCUAUUGAGUUGUUUUGUAUUAUCAAAUGACUGUUCUGAUAAUGUAAUAUGUUUGGUUAUGAUGAUAUGAUCUAAUCAUAUUGAAAGGAGGAUGUGGGAAUAGGAGGGAUGUGAUCUAUGUGCUGUUCAUGUUCUAUCUAUUGGAUUCCGCCUUGUUCUAGGACUUCAGAUGUAAUCAAACAUUUGAAAUAUUUUAUCAGUCACUCUGUCAUGAUUCAUAACCGGUCUUUAUCAAAUCUUCUGUCAUAAUCUUCUCAGCUGUUUAUCACAAUCACAUAAUCUUUCCCCAGCACAGUCCUAUGGCAAAAAGGAGCUUCAUGAAAAAGUUAUCCUAUGAGGUGCAGAAAUAUUGUAUUGACCUGUAACAUUGCUUUGGAUGAAGACAGGGGUAUCAAUUUGCUCAGCUUAUUUCUCUGUAAUUGAUAUUAUAAUAAAAUAAUUCUCAAUAUAUAUAUUUUAUAACUGUACCAUAGUUAUGGCCAUGUUAUGAACCAACCUAUCCCGAUGCAGUAAAAACAUAUAUUUAUGCAAAAUC